GUGGGCCCCUAUCUACCCUACAAAUAUAUACAUGCUUUUAUACUAGUCCUAUCCUAGGAGUUUUAGUUUGGAGAGAAUGCUGAUAAUUGCUAGAUGUAAUGGGUGGACAUGGUACCUUGCAAGCGACUUCCAGUUUUAUUUUACAACCCCUCUGCUGGUCUUUCUCUACAGUAGAAGUAAGUAUGGACUGAUGGUCACAGGGACCUUUCUGUUCCUGGCAACUUUUACGGUCACCUCCUUGUUGUCAUCCUUUUACCAGCUUCCUGUAGCAAAUCCAUAUGAUAUGAGAAAAAUGUCUACUGUCAUGUAUUUCAUGGAGUAUUAUUCCAAACCUUACUGCCGGUAUGGUCCAUUUCUAGUUGGUAUACUUCUAGGGUUAUUCAUCUACCACCAACAAACACCACUCCUAAGAACAAAGGUACAGGCUGCCAUUGGGUGGCUUUGUGCGCUCUUUUCCAUGUUCAUGGUGAUUGCUCUGGCCUAUGCAUUCGAGGACUCCCUCAACAUCUAUGCUCCUGCUAAAGCCAUCUACCAAGCCCUUCACCGAACAGUUUGGGCAGUGGCUGUGGGAUGGAUCAUUUUUGCCUGUGGAGAAGGCUAUGGAGGUUUCAUCAGCUCGUUGCUUUCAUGGGGCAUUUGGGCAGUGGUAGCAAGAAUCAGCUAUGCCUGCUAUUUGGUGCAUCCCAUGCUAAUCCUGUUGUAUAAUGGACUUCAAGAAACUCUCAUGCAUUACUCAGACAUUAACAUGUUCUACCUGUUCCUUGGACAUUGCUCGGUGACAUUCAUUGUUGGGUUGGCCGUGACAGUGAUGGUCGAGAGGCCUCUUCAAGAGCUCAAGCCGUCUCUCUCCUGCAGGUGUCGGCCAACGGUUCACUUGUAACAGAGGAAGCAGGAAAGGUUCAACUCACUGCCCGCCUCUUACCCUUUAUAGAAGUCUCUUUGUGAGGCCACAUGAGCUCCAUUUCUUCCAAAUCACAAAAAAAUGAACGUCGUCAUAUCUCCCCCAAACCCCACCCAGAGUUUUAUACUAGUUGUAUGCUGUUUUGGACCUGACCUCAGUCACUCAUGCUUUGGUAAUAUCCAGAUUAGACUACCACAAUGCGCUUUACCUGGGGCUGUCCUUGAAGACGGUUCAGAAGCUUCAGCUGGUCCAGAAUGCUGCUGCAAGGAUGCUUUGUGGGUGCAAGUCGCUUCAUGAGUGUGUCACACCCACCCUGGAGCAGCUUCAUUGGUUACCAAUCCACUUCUGGUCUAGAUUCAAGGUGCUGGUCUUGAUGAUUAAAGCUCUACAUGGCUUAGUGCUGCCGGGAUAUCUGUCGGACUACAUUCACCCAUAUGAACCUGCCAGGGCCCUCUGCUCAGCAUCUCAAGCCUUGCUCAUGGCCCUGCCACUAACAGAGAUCCAUUUUGCCGGGACAAAAACCAGGGCCUUCUAGGCUGUGGCCCCUCGGCUUUGGAACGCCUUCCCCAAAGAGCUUUGCCAUGGUCCCUCCCUCAGUGUUUUAAAAAACAAUUUUAAAAAUGUCUUUUAAAAGAGGCAUUUUAAUGUUUUAUCUGCUGCUUAUAUCUGGUAGGUUCUUUAGUCUUUAUCAUCCUCAGCUUUUUAUCAAUAAUUUUUAAUUUGAAUUUUUUUUAAAAAAAUUAUAAUUUUACAUGUGGUUUUAGUUUGGUCUUUUAACUUGUUGAACUUUAUUAAUCUUUUAUUUUACAUUGCAUCUAUUUUAUUAAUGUUGUGAGCUGCCCCAAGCAGUAGUGUACUUGAGGGACAGGGGUAUAAAUAUUUAGACAACAACAACAAAAUCCUUGGUUUUGUGUCACCUCAUUUAUGGGUGUAAUGGACACCUCAAAAUGUGGUUUCCAGGAAAUGCUGAAAUAAAUGGUUUCCUAUUCUCUCUUAACCCCAUGAGGAUUCCCUCAAAACCACUACAAGAGUUUUGUGCGACCGUUUUGUGCUGCCUCUUUUAAGUGUGCAAUGCACACCUCAAAUUGUGGUUCCCAGGAAAUCCUGGGGAGGUGGGGAAAGAAUGAAAAAUGCUGGGGAUGGGGGGAGAGAAUCACCCCCCCCUCCUCCUCAUCAUCCUGCUUCCACCAAAUCUCUCUCUACCUGGGCAUGUCCAUUGCAAUGCUUGAGAAACAGUCCUAGCUAAUGAUAAAGGUCAGGAGUUUGCCCAUGGAGACCUCCAUGUUUUUGUCAGGCCGAGCUCUCCCUCCCCUUUGGAAGUUCUCUCACCUGCUCUCAUUGAUUUUGCAAAUAUGUCACCUGAUCCUCUUCUCCAACUUUUCCUUUGUAUUUAAACAUUUCUUAUUUUAGAAUA